UUGAAGCAGAAAUUUGCCCUUACCUACUUUCAAAAUGUAAAUAAACUAAAGCCUCCUUUUCGCUCAAGAACUUGAGAAACUAUACUAUAAAGUAUUAAAUAAAUAGUCUAAGGAUUUGCUUAGAUAUAUUUUUAUGAAUAAAUAUCCUAUACAAUGAUCCAUAUUUCUGCUUAAAUAGAAACAACAAAAAGUUAUGUAAGAGGUUUACCAAAAAUAAGGAAGCAGCUUGGAAAAGAUUCAGUGAGUCAGAUAUCUUAACUUAUUGAUUCUUAUAAAUAAGUUUGUGUGUUCCAUCUGGCUCAACACAUUUUCAUUUCCUUUCCAUCAUUAUUGUUUUAAUGAAGAUGCUGCGACAUUCUCUUCUGCAACCAAGAUUGAUGAAUAUAUCUCACUACUUUUUUCAAGAAGUGUACAAUAUUGGAAAGACACAUUUAUCAUCACCUCAAUGUGUUAGUUUACUAAAUAAGACAAAAUUUCUUCAAGUUCCAUCAUUACACACAUCUGCAAAAGUGCAUUGUAAAAAACAUGAAAUGGAAGUAUCCCAAAAAGAUUUGGCCUCUAGAGAACAUUAUUUUAGAGAAAUUAAAUCAAAAGAUAAAGAAACGUUCUUAAAAGUCAUGAAAACCUUCGAUACUCCUGAUAAACUUAGAAGAGGCCAUGUUGAAUUUAUUUACGCUGCCUUGAAAUGCAUGGAAGUUUACGGAGUUAAUUUUGAUCUAGAAUCAUACAAAAAAUUGAUGGAUGUGUUUCCAAAAGGAAAAAUGCUUCCAAGAAAUCUUAUUCAAGCUGAGUUCUUUCAUUAUCCAAGACAACAAGAUUGUGCCAUUGUUCUUUUAGAUCAAAUGGAAUAUUAUGGUGUUUGCCCAGACAGAGAAAUGGUUGAGAUUGUUAAGAAUGUGUUUGGAAAAAGCUCACAUGUUUACAAAAAAUUAGUUCGUAUGAUGUACUGGAUGCCUAAACUUAAAAAUAUUAAUCCAUAUUUGAUGCCUGAUCCAAUGCCCGCUGAUCCUCGAGAACUUGCCAGAUUAGCUCUGAAAAAAAUGUCUGUAGAUAUCCGAACAAAGAUUACAGAAUAUGAAGCUAAGGAGAUCGAAGAAUCCAAUGAUAAAACAUGGAUUAUGAGUGCUCAAAGUCCUGUACAACAGAAACUAAUUCAGCAACAUCCUGUAGAAAAAGCUCUUUUUAUUGAAGGCCCGUCAUUGGUUUGGUUGAAAAGAUUAUCAAUGUCCUACUUUGUCUUGCGUGCCGAUCCCAAAUUCUAUCCAGAUUUAGAAGUUGAUGAUGAUGAUGUUACAAAUUUGUCUUUAUUUAUGUUUGGCGAACCUAAGCCUAAAGAAUUGGUUUUAGCUCCCUCUUCUGUACAUGAACAAGAAGACGGCAUUAUUAUGGCAAUGUGCUGUACAGGGACAUCCAGUAAAGACUCCCUUUUAUCAUGGAUUCGUUUUUUGCAAAAGUCAAAUCCUAAGUUGGACAAUAUUCCUGUUCUUUUCAAGAUAAAAUCCUCACCCACAACACUGGUUUCCGUGAAUGCAGAAAAAAUUGGAGAAGAAGCUAAACCAGUUGAAGAAGAUGCUAGGUCAUAAAAAAUACUUCCUGUUGAACUUUUAAAUUUUAGAUUUUUUUUUAAAAUAGAAUUAAAAUAUGAGAUUAAAUAAUUUAUCAAUCACAAA